CACAUGGCGGUGUUGCAACACAACCAGCGACCGUGGCUCGUGCUGGUGGUGAGUGCGCAUGAUGUGUUGGUUGGCACCGCACUGAAGGCAGCGUUGUCUGUACCCGCUGUUGAUGUCGUCCAGCUACGUCAUAGCUCAACGCAGCCGUCUCCUAACUCGACCUCCGAGUUUGCGGAUGCCAUGCGUGCCCUUCCGUCGAUGGGAAAGUUGCUGGCAACGCCUCCGCUGUACGUCGUGAAUGCCCCGCCUGACUUACCACAGAAUACUCCAUGCCUCGAUGGGAGACACUACCCCGAACGGUACUUGGCGACUUUGAAGGAACGACAGCAGCAGUGGGACGGACGUGGCUUCUUUGGCGUAUCAGUGCACGCGAUAUCGUCUGCCGUAACUGCAGCCGCCCUUGAAUCUUCCUACUUGCAGGUUGGCACGAUGUUUCCCACGGCGUCCCACCCCGAAAAGACGUCCGUGGAAGGCCCUGAGCUCAUGCGUGCAGUUCGUCAGGCUCUACCCUCUACUCGCUUGAUAGGCAUCGGAGGCAUCACGGAGUCGAAUUGCGUGGAUGUGAUGCGUGCAGGUGCGAAUGGAAUUGCAGUCAUUCGGGCGAUUUUGGAUGCAGACAAGCCAGAUAUUGCCGCCACGCGCCUUCGACAAGCUCUAGACAAUGCAUCAGUCCAAGAUCCUAGCGUUAACGUUAUAUAAUUCGGUGGCAA